AUGAAAACAAGCUUAGAGCUCUAUGCCCGCUAUUCUUCAGCACUGAGGAUAUUCUUUUUUAACUGAAUCCUUCCAUCAUAUUUUUUCUUUUUAUUUAAAUUUAAUUAUAUUUUGAAGGUCUAUUUUCUAAAAUAGAAUAAAGGCUUUCCCACCUCAUGUUUUGACUCCCAAUCUUUAUUCAUAUUACUCAACCCAUCACCAUCCAAAACUUACCCUUGAGCCUUUUCACUCCUCUAUUAAACAGUAUUUUAAAUUUUAUGACAAAGUCCUCCACCACACUCAUAUUUCUUCUUUGCUUGACUCAAAUUUCUUUACUCAGACGAGAAAAGACUACUUAAAGCCACUAGCUGAACUUAACUUAUUAUUCAGUAUUUAAGUUGUCCUGUGCCACUUCCUACUAGAAGGGACUAGUCCCAACUAGUGACGUCACAGACCAUUGUGUCACUUAAAAUGGUGCACCAUAUAGGUAGAUAUUCCUUGGCACGUCGUCGAAAGUUAAGGCCGCACUUCUCACCAGGAACAUUGCUGUCGCUCUUGUCUGACUUAGCAUCUGUGCGUAUUCCGCCUAAGGGUCACCUCUCCUCUGAUGUGCUAAGUGGUAAAAACCCAAGUCUCUUGAUGCACUUAAGAGCAGUUCUUCUGGCUAUCUCUAAAGUUAAAUUGCCGCUUUCUUUGUAGAAAUUAUCAAGUUAAAACCAAACCCCAUAAAAAAAAUUCCAUGAGAGAGAAAAAAUAGCAGAGCUAAUUUCUCUCGAGCCAUAUGCCAUUUUAUUUAUACUUAAAACCACUAGCAAUUGUCGGCCCUUCAGGGGUUGGAAAAAGCACACUUAUUACAAAAAUGAUUGAAAACUUCCAAAGCAAUUUUGAGUUUUCUGUAUCUUCUACUACAAGGAAGCCAAGAAAUGGGGAAACUCAUGGAGUUGAAUAUUAUUUUUUAACAAGGGAAGAAUUUAUGGAGCAGGUAAAAAAAGGAGAAUUUGUGGAAUGGGCUGAAGUCCAUGGGAAUUUUUAUGGUACAAGCAAAAAAGCCAUAGAAAAUAUACAAAAGAAGGGGAAAAUUUGUAUUAUGGAUAUUGAUGUACAAGGGGUUAAACCAUUUUAUUGAAGGAAAAAAAUAGGAAAAUUAAAAAAAGCUAAUUUAAACGUCAAAAAUUUAGAAAAAAUUACCUAUGGUUGUUAAAUAGAGACGCCGUACAAGGAGUCAAGACUAUUUCAAAAAGCGGGCUACAAAUUAAUUCAAUUUUCGUUCAGCCAAAAAGUACAGAGCAAUUAGUACAAAGACUUAGGAGUAGAGGAAAAGAUAGUGAAGAAGCCAUCGCUAUAAGAGCAAAAAAUGCUGAUUCAGAAAUGACUUUUGCUGCCUCAAACCAGCAUUUAUUUAGGAAAUUUUUAGUGAAUGAUGAUAUAAAUAUAGCAUCAGAUGAGCUACAAGAUUGCAUUCUUCAACUAUACCAGCACAUAGAUAUACAAAAUCUGGUUCCAUCAGCUUAG